GAGACCUUGUGCGUCAUCGCCAUCGACCGCUACCUGGCCAUCACCUCGCCUUUCCGCUACCAGAGCCUCAUGACCAAGGGUCGGGCCAAGGGCAUCAUCUGCACCGUCUGGGCCAUCUCCGCCCUCGUCUCCUUCUUGCCCAUCAUGAUGCAUUGGUGGCGGGAUGAGGAACCCCCGGCCCUGGAGUGCAACCAGGACCACGCCAUCGCCUCGUCCAUAAUUUCUUUCUACAUCCCCCUUCUCAUCAUGAUCUUUGUGUACCUCCGGGUGUACAGGGAGGCCAAGGAGCAGAUCAGGAAGAUCGAUAAGUGCGAGGGCCGGUUCUACGGCAGGCAUGAGAAAAAAAGCCAUGAGCAGCCGCAGCCACCCCCACCCCCUCACCACCAGCCCAUCCUCGGCAAUGGCCGAGGCAGCAAGAGGAAGACUUCCCGCAUCAUGGCCAUGAAGGAGCAGAAAGCCCUCAAGACUUUGGGCAUCAUCAUGGGGGUGUUCACCCUCUGCUGGCUCCCUUUCUUCCUGGUGAACAUCGUCAACGUCUUCAACAGGGACCUGGUGCCGGACUGGCUCUUCCUUUUCUUCAACUGGCUGGGCUACGCCAACUCUGCUUUCAACCCCAUCAUCUACUGCCGCAGCCCUGACUUUCGGAAGGCCUUUAAGAGGCUCCUCUGCUGCCCCAGGAAAGCCGACCGGCGGCUGCACACCAGCGCCGACUGCAACGGAGGCACGCAGGGUGGCAGCGAGUCCAGCCUGGAGGAGAGAAAUAGCAAAACGUCCGAUUCGGAGUCCAAGGUAUAGGGGGGAGAUGAACAAGGGGAAAAAAAAAUCCUGGCAACAACAAAAAUUUACUGCACAUUUUUUUUUAACAGCGACAAAGCCGUUUUUUGCACAGUGUUAAGAGUUGUAAAGUUAUUUGGAGGUGUUACCUGCACACAUGUACACACAUGCAAAUUAAAAAUGAAACAG